AUGACGGUCACAUAUAGUAAUCGCGUGGCAGAUGCCAAGCUUGGCACCUUCUCCAGGUUGCUUCUCCGAUGGCGAGGAAGUAUCUACAAAUUGCUCUACCAGGAGUUCCUUAUCUUUGUUGGCUUCUACUUCAUCAUCAGCAUCACCUACAGGCUCUUUCUUAACCAGCAGCAGAGAACUUACUUUGAGAAGCUGGCAUUGUACUGCGACAACUAUGCAGAGCUGAUUCCGGUGUCAUUUGUCCUAGGUUUCUAUGUGACUUUGGUGGUCUCCCGUUGGUGGGCCCAGUACGAGAGCAUACCCUGGUUGGAUCGCCUCAUGUGCUUGGUGUCCAGCAAUGUGCACGGCACAGAUGAACGAGGGAGGAUGAUACGGCGAACACUUAUGCGCUACGCCAGUAUUUCUGGAGUUCUUAUCCUACGCUCAGUUAGUACUGCCGUCUACAAGAGAUUCCCGACUCUGCAGCAUGUCGUGAAUGCCGGCUUCAUGACACCAGCCGAACAUCUAAAAUAUGAGGCUAUUUCGUCUCCUCACAACAAGUUCUGGAUUCCGUGUGUUUGGUUUGCUAACCUAGCGGUCACCGCCAGGACAGAGGGACGGAUACGGGACAGCGUGGUGUUGACGCUCAUCCUCAAAGAGCUGAACUCUCUGCGUACACAAUGCGGGAGGCUGUUCGGAUAUGACUGGAUCAGCAUUCCUCUGGUCUAUACUCAGGUGGUCACCGUGGCCGUGUACAGCUUUUUUCUGGCUUGCCUCAUUGGCCGCCAGUUUCUGGACCCUCAGAAGGGAUACCGAGGACAUGAUCUGGACCUCUAUGUCCCAGUGUUUACCCUCUUACAGUUCUUUUUCUAUGCUGGGUGGUUAAAGGUGGCCGAGCAGUUAAUUAACCCCUUUGGACAAGAUGAUGAUGACUUUGACACCAAUUGGUUAAUUGACAGAAACUUUCAGGUGUCUCUUCUAGGAGUGGAUGAAAUGCACCAAAAUCUUCCUCCACUGGAAAAAGAUAUCUAUUGGAAUGACUCAGAUCCUCAGCCUCCGUACACUGCCUCUACAGUAGAGACUCGGAGACCAUCUUUUAUGGGUUCUGCCUUUGAUAUAAGUUUGCAAAAAGAGGAUCUGGAGUUUCUUCCACUUGAGCAGAUAAAUGAAAAUGAAGAGGCCAACCAUUCUACUCCAUUAAUUGGACCACUUGGACGUCUACUGGGAGUGCAUUCUCCAAUUCCUCCGCGUUCCAACUCUAGACUGAGCUUGUUGAUGAGAAGGAGGAGUGGUAUUCCGCCAGGACAUUUUAACCACCGAGACAUGGGAAACAGGAGUGGAGAAGCCCUACGCGAUCUAAAUGUUUUUAUGUCUACCCCUUUGUAUGAGAGGCCAGGAUUUUAUAGCGCUCCUCAAACGCCACUUAAUGGAGGGCCUGCAUACUGUCCUCGUUUUCCUGCCCAUGGAACUCCAAACCUUUAUCACACACGAAGCAAGAAGGUGGGGGCAUCUAAUGAAAGUGGAGACGAGGCAUCCAGUUUAUCUCCUGGGUCUAAAGAGUGUUUUGUGUGGCCACUAGGAAGCAUGGAGGAACAAGAGGAAGCCAUUUUAGAUAGUCUUAAAAGUACUUCUUCACUGAAAACAACUGACCAAAAUGUGCAGAGUCCUAUACUGAUGCCCCAAAGGUUACUACGAGCCCAACGCUUAUCUGCAUUACUCCAUGAAAACCAGUCCUUGGCUUCACCUGAUGGUCUACACACCCCAGGGCACAAGACAUCACGCCCUAUCUUUUCAUUUUCUCCUAUAAACUCCCCAAAUUUGCAAAGGCCGGCUUCCAGAUUCUCUCACGGGCAGCCCGAUAUAAGCUGUGAAGGAGGAACCAAAGAACAUAAUGGAUCUCCCUGUUCGUCUCCUAAAGACUCUGGCAUAAGUCUAACUGAGGGAGACUUUACAAAGCUUAUGGAAGUAAUCAUGGAGGCUGGGGAGCCAUGUCAGCAAGAAGACAAGAGUGGUUAA